CAUUGACGUCCACAGGAUCAAACAAGUCAUUUUGACCUGAUCCACAGCCGAGUUAAAAUCAACCUUUUAGUUUUUUUGUUACCCCACAAGAUGUCGGCCGAAAUUGAGGAGAUGCUCAAGCGCUACCAGAACUUCCCGAACGUGGUGGGCAUCAUCAUUCUGGACCCGUUCGCCAUCCCGAUCAAGACGACCAUGGAGUACACCCAGACGGUCCACUACGCGGCCCUGAUCAGCACCCUGACCUUCAAGGGGGCCAAGAUGGUGGCCAGCUUGGACGCGAGCAACGAGCUGCUGAACAUACGGCUGCGCACCAAGCAGCACGAGGUGCUCGUCCUGCCCUCCGAGAACUACAUCAUCAUCGUGGUCCAGAACCCGGGCACUUGAUCCGCCUCCGAACGAACGAACGAACGAACUCCAAUAAACCAUUCGCUACACCAUUA